AACAAGAACUUUCCGUGCAACAACAUUUUGCAACACAAAAACCAUGGCACCAAUCGCAACAUUGAGCUGUAAAGAAUCAUUUACCAUCUCGCACUACCUCAACAGUCCGCACCUGAGUAAUACAGCAAAUAAAAAGGUCUACGGAGAAUGUGCAAACCCAGCGGUACAUUCUCAUCAAUAUACAAUUGAAGUGAUCACUCGUGGCACGGUCGAUACAAGCAUUGGCACGGUUAUGAGUUUAUCGGAUUUAAAAUCACUGCUCCGAACAACCGUUGCCAAUCAAUUGAACAGAAAAAAUCUUGACUAUGAUAUCAACUUUUUUAGAACAGUACCGAGCACCAUUGAAAACUUGGCAAUUUUCAUUUGGCAGGCGAUGAAACAAGAAAUGUCCGAACCAGAACUGCUGUACGAAGUAAAAUUGACUGAUAACGAAGAAAAUUGUGUAAUUUACAAUGGAAGUGGUGGUCAUGUACAACGCAACGGUCAGAUGAACCUUACAUCAGACACAGAUUGAACUAUAAUUCAUCAAAAUUUAACAUCAAAUGAUGAAAAUGUGUGAAAUCUAACACUCUUUAAAAAAAAAAAAAAAAUCAAAAUGUUUUUGCAAGUCGCUCAACAUUUUUUUUACAUCUGUAAACCAAAUUGACGUCAGGCACGUAACGAAAGUUACACAAAAGCGAUGCGAUAAUAGAAGAAAACGAAUAAUAUGAUAAAAGUGUAAACAUUUCAAUUUUGAAUAAAUAAAUAUCCGAAAAUAUCAACACAA